CCCGUCGACCGGGUCGGUGACUAGCUACCAAACCGGCCGGCACUUCGCGUACCACCGUCGCGGCGCGCGGUACGUUUCACGACGACGCAUCCCCGCCGUCGUCUCGCGCGUUCUCCGUUCGUCGUCCCUAUCCAAUCGCACAUCGCACCCCGCCAAAAAAAUCCGCGCGAAAGAACGAGUGGCGGUUUCUCUCCGGAAGAUCCGCCGCAAUGUCGCGCACAUACGAUCUUCGUAAUGCGAGUAUCGGUUCGUGACGCGCGCGAUUGAAUCAAUCUUUCGCUAUCCGACGGGAAUACAGAGUGAAAGUGCCGAGAGGGUUUAAAGGGAGGGAAAUUGAAACGAGCCGCGGUGACGCAAUAGAAAAGUAUACAAAAGUUGAAAAGUGACGGAAGGCAACCGCGCGGCAUGGAGUCGCGCCGACGGCACAAAGGAUUCGCGGAAUUCUCCCGGUUUCAAGGAUCCGCGUGCGGUGAUGCGGUGCUCCGGUGAUGAGAGAAAACCGACGGUAAAGUGUGUUAUGCGCGAGUGCGGUCGACCAGGAAUACGCUACCCAGACCGCCGGCGUCAUCGUCGCGAUGCCGUUCGUGAUGCGGAAGGUAGAGCCGCGGCACCUGUGCCGCGGCCACGUGCCGGCGGACUCGCAACCGGGCUGGCCGGUGGGUGCCGAGCUCGAGGCGGUAGCGAACGGUGCCCUCACCAGCUCCCUAAAGCAGCUAGCAUCCCUCCUGACCGCCGCCGAGGACAUCUUCGCGGGCCUCACCGCCGAGCUGUCCCAAGUGGCCGAAAGGAGCGGACACUUGCGUCUCAAAAUCGACAAGAUCGAGGAACGACUCAGCACCGUCGAUCCUAAGAAAAUACCAGUCCCGGAAUCGGAUAUCUGCAGUUUCGCGACGAGGACGGAGCAUUUUCACAUCACGAAUAAACCAUCGACGGGACUGUUCACGUCGAAUACGAGACCGAAGCCUCUAAAGGAACUGUACGAACUAGCUGCUAUAGUCGCCGUUCGAAGUUUGGACUCUUUGAGAAGGGAUGGCAGCUCGAUGGAUAUGUUCCUCUGCACGCCGAUCCUCGGUAAAAGGAGGCGGGACCAGAGCCUCGAGAUCGAGUCCAGAGUCCCGGCCGCUAUCGAGGAUCUACGAAGAUGGACGUCCGCCGAGGCGCUCGGCGACGUCACCGUACCGCCGGACUGCGCGUCCAGAAUCCUGGGCGACACGGCCAGCGACGAUGCCGUCGAUCACAAGCUACCCAGCCCGGAGGAACAGGUUCAGGCUAUCGCACUCAAAUUCCCAGCGGAAAUUGUAGCAGUGGAUGUCAGCGGACGAGGUUUCGAAAGAAUGUCGAUGAGAAGGAAGUCCUUGCUGUCAGGACCAGAGACUCAGGAAACGGCGGUGAAGAGAAGGUCGCGACCACGCAGACCCAGAGGAAAGAGACGAAACACGAUUGCCGGUACCGAUCAGAAGGAGAUUCGACAAGCUAUUGGAGGGGAGACGACUGGCGACGAGCCCGAGGAGACGAUGCCAAGCGCCACGCCGAGAGCGCAUCGCUCAGCCAGCACCGACAUUCUAGGUUCUACGAAGAAGGAUUCUCCCAUCGAAAAGAAAUCGCACUUCAACACGCUCAAGGCGUGGGGCAUGUCCCGACUGAAACUGAUCAGUCCAAAGUCGAGUCAACAGCAACAGGAAUCAACGGUCGUCGUGGAGAGGUGCGAGCAAGCUCAAAGUCAAACAAAAUCGCCGGAGGAGAUCAACAUUUACGAGACGGUGACUACGCGGCGCAGAAGGGACAAGUCGCACGAGAGGAAGCCCAGCUCGUCGAGCUCGAGCGGCAAAAGCACGGCCAGCAUACCGGUGUCGGUACCGAGCACGGACAACAGACAGCCGAGCGUGAAAUUACGCGAGAGCGCCGCCCAGAGGCGAGAGCGACGGAAGGGCAGCAACCGCGACGACGCGCCGCACUCCAGCUCCGGGAACUGGAGCGCCUCGUCCGAAAGCGGAAGGGCCAGCAUCGGCAGCGAGACUACUACCACCACACAUCAGCCCAGAUCCACGACAACAGCUUCGAUUGGCACAUCAUCCACUUCCUUGAGUCACAUGAGGCGACUCAAAGGAAGAGAUACUUCAGCCUCGUCUUCGGUAACUUCCGAAGGUACCCUAACGCCGGAUAUCAUACAAGACAUCACGGUGGUGCCGUUCUCCGACGACGGCGAAACGUCGUCGGUGUAUUCCUGUGACACGGAGGGAUAUUACACUUCGUUCCACAUGGAUUCGGGUUUGAAAACGCUUAGGGAAGAGGAACCCAUGCCACAGAGUCCUUUGAUCAAAUCGAACGACGUCGGUUCGGAUCCUACCUCGCCUAUCGUCGAAAACGAGUAUGAACUGUUCGGAAGAGGAUCGACUUCUACGACGACUAGUUCAGCCGGGACAGUUUGCACCGCGCUUAUGGCACCACCGCCUCCGGAACGCAAGUCCAGCCUCACGGUUGUUGCUAUGGUUCAUGGUCAAAAUCAAAACGGUGGCGAAUCGCCCGACAGCGGCCACAAUACAUCGUCGUCUCCCGUCGAAUCUGCAUCAAGCCCAGCCUGCACUGGUCGAUCGUGUUCCGAGUUUGAAUAUUCAGAGUCCAGCGAUCUGGAAGGCUGCGAACGGAUCGAGAGAAUUCGUUCGAAAACGGCGAUGACGACCAGUCGGAUUCCGUCGAUGUGCGUAAUCACGCCACCCGUGUCCGACGACGAGCACGCGAGAGAAACGGAUCAAAAGGAAAAGAAAGCAGGAAAGGAGCAAACGAGAAGGGCAGACCUGCAGAGCGGUGGAUCGGUGCUGAUGUCCGCCACCGUCGGCACUUCCAAGAUGGAGGUGAUCAACGGCCAGGACAAGAACCUAUACGCCACCGUGCAGGUGCUGCCGGCAGCCGCCAAUAACGAUAGACCGGUCGCGACGACUCAGCCAUCGUCGUUGAUAAAGAUCAGUCCUCUGAGUGGUGUGCUGGGCAAGCUUCGCGGCGUACUUCCGGGUAAGAAGCACGCCACGAAGAGCAGCGCUAUGCAAGAGCUGUCGAAUGCAGACUCCGGCGACUAUGUGACCAUAGCCGACGUGAGGAACAACAACGACAAACGUCCCGCUGGCCUACCGUCGUCGUCAUCGUCAACAACGUCGUCGUCGUCGUCAUCGGGCAUGACCGCCGUACGACCUACCGCUACCUAUGCCAAUUCGGACAUUUUCAAGAAAGACGCGGAGUACGUGAGUCUGAGCGAGUUACCGAAGAAACCGGACUCGUCGUUGGAGAGAAAAAGACAGGGCGCUCGAGUUACUUUGGAUUCCGAAGGCAAAGUCGUCUACUCGUCUGACAGUCUGAAGAGGAGAAAGGGUGCGCACACGACGUUUAAUCCAGGUCCCUUCGUGAGGGAAGGAGUGUCACCCAGUCCGUCGCCGUUGCUGCACCGCGCGAUGCCGAAUGUCCGCGCCGUCACGAAAAGCGGCGACGUCGUGGACGGCUCGAAAGCUCAGGCGUUCACGCCGCCGACGUCGCCCCAGAUGGGCAAGCUGAUCAUUCGGGCGGCGCGGAGUCCGGAUCGCGCGACCAGCCCGGAUUACGUGCGCAGACCGGCGACUGUGGUCGGUCCUACAAGCCCGACCAGUCCCCACAGACAGGUUCGCGGAGCUUAUGUCAACAUGCAGGGCGACGAAGAUAAUACUUUACUGACUAUACCUUCGGAAUCGAUACCGCCGCAAGCGAUCGUUCAACCGCCGCCCUACAUCCCGCCACCGAAGCCCGAUGAUCGACAAAAGUCGCAAAAGUAUCAAGAGAUCCUGAAGGACACGCAGCCGCCGAAUUUGCGAGCGUAUCCCGAAAACGAGAAGCAAGAUCAAAAGCAGGAUAUUUACGAUCCCCGUCGAAACAUUCAGCAAUACAAUGAAAAUAACUGCAGGAGCUUCCUCAAUCAGCAGCGGAUGUCGAACUACGAAUAUCAACAGCGUGCCUGCGGCAACUAUCAGACGGUGCACAUGCACAAUGCGCGGAACCAGCAGCUCUGUGCGCCAGUUGUCGAUCACAAUCAACAGCAAUUCUACACCCUGCCGACGAGGAGGCCCCAACGGGAGAUCGAACCACCACGCAGCGUCACCCCGGACAUCACCAGGGGUCUUGGACGUGGUUCUCUCAGCAGCAUGCACAUGCUGGCGAAACAGGGCCAACAAAGAGUCACGGUCGCGGAGAACGAGCCGAUCCGAUACGGUUCCCACGUAGACGUGGGAAGAAGAAACUUGGAGCAAGCGGAAGCGAGGAGCAGAUUUGUGCAGAGUCAACCGCAGCCAAUCGUGGAUGUCAAAAAUAGGUUCGCAACGCCAGUGAACGCUGGACUCGGCUAUCGAUUCUUCGCAUCUUCGCCCGCCAAUGAUCCUCUUACGAAGUCUCCUAGCGCGGACGUUCUGAGGAAUAAUCCAAUUUCGCCGAUCGGCCACGGCGGUUACGGUAACGGCUUCAAAUCGUCCACUCCCACCAACCAUCACCACCACGGGCGAUCGGCGCCAACUGUGGCGGAACGUCUAGCUCUAACCGCCGGCGGCAAUAAUCGCUUGUCGCCGACAUCGGCGAGCUCCUCCGGUAGGAGCACUCCCAUCCAGACCUCUUCCGGCAGGACGACGCCGACCAAUCUGAUCCUAUCGCCGACCAAGAGCACCAUGUCCAACGAGGAGCUGUUCGCCGCGAUUCACAAAUCGAAAAAGAGGCUCCAUAUCAGGCUCAACGACGACAACGAGAACCUGUCGCCUUACGGAUCGAUGAAUUCCUUGAUAAAGACACCGGCUGGUACCAGGCACAGCUGGAGUCCGGAAUCUCAGAAGACUGCGGAGGUAAUUGCAGAGCCUACAACUGUGCAAUCGCCUACGUCACGAAUGGACUUCAAACGUCUGCUUCUUCAACAAAGCGUGAAAGCGAAUCCCAUGCGACUGUCAGCGGCGGAGCAAUUAAAAUUAUCGCGUCAACAGUGUCAGCAACAGCAAUCAUCGCCGACCACUCAUCAGAGUUUGGCCAAAGUUCUGAGCCCCCGCUCGGUUUGGAGAUUCCAAACUCCGAGAACCGACGUCCUUUCGUCCACCAUAAUCGAGGACACCGCGGCGGAAGAGAAAGCCAUGAAACCCUCGCCGGAGAACACAUCUCCCAUCUCAAGACUGAACUCCAGGAGACAGUUAGAUCUCUGCAGCGACCUACCGAAUCAUCUGCGUAUCGCCGAUCACAAAGACCGAACCGCGAAGCUCAGCAACGAUAGGCUGACAGCGAACACGAAGUCCGCGAACGAACUCAAUCCUGAUCCUGCGAUUAUAUCGUUGAAUCAAAACAAUAGGACUCAGGAAUUAAUCGCAGGCAACGCGCGAACCGCUUCUCCUGCGAAAACUGCAAUAAUCGGCCAGAAUAUUUCGUCCUUGCCUUCUCAAAACGAUAUCGCCCGCACGGUGUUACAGUAUUCGAAGGACUCGCUCGAAUCUAAGAAUCGAGACCCUGUGAGCGCUCUCGAGUCGAGGAGGAUCAGCAAUCAACUGGCGAGAGCCCAGUUUCUAGCCAGCACACCCACAAGCACCAAUCAAUCACAGAAUAUUUACUUCAGCAAGAGAUUUAGAGCACGAUCCGAAUCUCCGCAACACACUGUGACGCAAAAGAUUGCACCGCGCAGCCCGAGUGCUCCUACUCUCGAAACCGCUCUAUGAUCCGAGGAUGUGCCGAUAAUCAGGACAAUAGCCUUGCGCAAGUACAAAAACUUAGCUCGUCAUUAUUGUGAGAUACGAUAUUUAUUUGCUCUUUGCAGAUGAAAAUAUAUUUUAAGAAGUAAAAUUUGAGUAAAUUGAAUAUUGUGGAAUUAUAUAUAAAGCAUUUAUAUA